CUUAGAGAGAUCUCUAUUUCUACAAACAAAUCAAAUUAUUCAUUCAUGAUGAAUUCCAUGUCCUGCAAUUUUUCUUGGGAACCAUUUUGCGCCCCUUUGGAUGAAAACGAGGUAAGAUUCUAUCAAUCUUUCGAACAAGGACAUGUUGGAGAUUUUGUUCGCAUUAAGGUUCGUGUGAAACAUGAACUAUGCAUCACUCCCCAACAACACCCUUCCUUAAUUUUACCUUUUGAGCGGUUUUUAUAUGAACAAAUCAUGUUUGUACCAUUGCAAGAUUUUCUACAACAUGCUUCUAUAUACAUGCAAGUUCAUUUUCCUAAUGUUAUCAUCCCCCAUGAGCUGAUGUACUCAAUGCUGCCGUUUUUAAUGAGAUAUGUCUGGAAUGCACCAAACUCGCCUUCGGGUUUUCAUUACGAAGGUUCUCGAAUUCGUGUUUUUCCUUUGGGUUUGGAUGUUUUUGUUCAAAUGUUAUUUGGUCAGUGUGACAAUGUUUUCAUCAAUAACAUAGCUGUGAGGUUGGAUUCUAUUGGAGAGAUACAAUUUGUUCCGGCAUCAAAGGAAGCCAUUGAAUCUCUUGAGAAGGUGAAGAUGGAAAACUCUAAUGCCAUUGAGAAGUGUAGUGUUUGUCAAUUUGAGUUGAAUGCUGGAAUGGAGGUUACAAAAAUGCCAUGCAAUCAUUUGUAUCAUCAAGAUUGCAUUGUUCAGUGGCUGAAAACGAGUCACAUGUGCCCAAUGUGUCGCUACCCAAUGCCAACUUCAACCAGUGGCUGAUUUAUUUGAUAUUGUUGUUGGAGUUAAUUUAUGUUACUUCAUUUUGUUUUAUGAAAUUGUUUGUCUUUGUUGAA